AGAGAGAGAGAGAGAGAGACGACACAAGGGGAGUGAAUGACUGUUGCACGCAAGGCGAAAAAGCGCUCGAAGUACGUAGAUGUACUUUUUAGAGGCGUCUACCACUAAGGGGACGUGCGAGUUUGAUAUAGCAAUUUAUUUUAGUAUUGUGUGCUAAUGAGUAGUUGGUCUUGCUUGUGGGGCUGUAUUUUGUAACUUUUGAUGCUGAAUGAAGGGGAGCCCACCAGCGCGCCACCAGCACCAGGACGCACGGCGCACCUCCACCGGGACGCAGCAGAGAGCAAGAGGAGGCCACUUGGAGUUUUCCCCAUGGAUAUCAUAAUUUAAACGUUCUCUGAGUCAUUUUCAUCGUGCCAUCAUUUUGACUAGAUGUUAUUCUUGCUUUUUGUUUGGGAAGAAUACACUCGGAUGUCUGACUUGUUGUCUUUCUGGCUUUCUUUGCACAUAUGAAGCUCCCGUGCAGGAUGUUACAGUCCAAGCGGCCCAGGCAUCAUUGGGCCACUGUGCACUUUCAUCACCAAAUAUCACCACAUUGUUGGGGACCGCGUUCUGUCUAAACAGAAGUCAUCCACCAUCUACUCUCUGCCACUAUCGAAAAGGGAUUGAACAUUGAACAUUGACAUUGGCUUUUACCGGUCACAUCUUUGGGCUACUAUGCAAUUAAAACUGAUUUCCUUUGUUUUGAUCAUCUUGCACUGCAUGGAUUACACUGGAUGCCAGCAGCACAACACCUCCAGGCACUGGCAACAUAAACAAAUCUCUGGCGUGAGUUCAGGGUGCCAGCAGGGUGGCUGUCUAACCUGCUCUGACUACAAUGGCUGCCUUUCCUGCAAGCCACGCUUCUUUAUGCAUUUGGAGAGGAGUGGGAUGAAGCAGAUCGGGGUGUGCAUGACUUCCUGUCCUUCAGGCUUUUACGGCACCCGCUCACGAGAAAGAAAUACGUGCACAAAGUGCAGUCCUGAGUGCGACUCCUGCUUCAACAAGAAAUUCUGCAUGCGCUGUCGGAUAGGUUUCUACCUUCACCGCGGCGAUUGCCGGAAUAACUGCCCCGAGGACAUGGUCCGCAGCGAUACACAGAGGGAGUGUGUUCGCAUUGCAGAGUGUCCUGCAGAGUGUGAGUUAUGUGUGAACAGCGAGACAUGUACAAGGUGCCAGCCGGGCCUGUACCAGCUCAAUGGAAGAUGCCACCGCGUCUGUCCAGAUGAUUAUGAACCCAAUGACAAACUCAUGGAGUGUGUACCACAAGUGCACUGCCAAGUGGCUGAGUGGAGUGAGUGGACUCCAUGCUCUCGCUCAGGGACAACCUGUGGCUUCAAACGGGGGCAGGAGACCCGCACACGGCAGGUCCUGCAGUACCCAUCGCCUUUUGGCGGACCAUGUCCUGAGAUCUCUGAGAUCAAAGACUGUGUGGUCAUCAGGAGAACAUGUCCAGACUUCAGCAGUUUCACAAUCCCCCAAAGCGGCCAGACAAGCGGCCCAACAGGCAGUGCUGCUCAUUUCCACUCACACAUGAACGGCAGCAGCACAACAACAGGAAAAGGGCCUCUGUAUUUGCUCGCAGGACGAAGGCCUAAUGAUCGAAAACAACGGCGGAAUCGCAACAACAACCGCAAAGACAACAAGGGCAUCAGAAGGGAGAAGAAACGAGAGCGCGAGAGGGCUCGAGACACGGGGGACCGCCAAGACAGCAGGAACAAAACGGAGCACAGGCAUCGGCGAGGUCAUUACCUGGAGCCUUUCUCCCCCAAGGAGGGCCUUGAACAGUAGCUCUGUGGACAUGUUCAAAUAAGUCUAACACCUCCCAAAACCUUCCUCCUCCUCUUGCCUCUCACCCACUCUUUGCCCAUUUCUACUCCUGUCUGCGGGGGUGUCGCUGCUACCUGUACGAUUUGAAUAAACUGUUAAUGCACAAGCUGGAUUGGGGCAUAUGGAGCCUAAAGGUUGAAAGUGUUUUUAUUUUUCUGUGUUGCGACUCUUCAUUAACAUCCACCACUGACUCAUGCCUCAUUUCAAAAAUGAAAGAGCCGCUGCCGAGACUGCUGCUGGAACUAAAGAACAAAGAAAACAUCAGCGUGUAAAAGCAGUGAGCUUGUUGAUAUGGUUAUUUAAUGGGACUCUGGUACAACGAUGUGCUCUUGGAUUUUGAAUCUAGAUUUUGCAACAUUAUGUAGAACAUUUUGUUUAUUUUUCAUGACUUUUAGAUCCAUGUACUUUAUUUUAUUUGGUGAACAUUUUUUAAAGACAAAGACAUAAAGAGAGUUUGUUCUUGCCAUCUUGUGAGUGUUUCCUAACCAUCAUAGAAAUUGAUGUACUGUAGUGGAACCUUCAUUGCCCAGUCAAAGAAAGCCAAGCACCUGGACAAAGUUCACUCUGACUGAACCUUUUGACUGAACACACAUUUCGUCAUGGAAACAAAACAAGUUCUAUGCGCGUGAGAAAAUAAAUCAAAUUCACCACCA